AAAGGGAGAAUCACUCUCUCUGCGGGUGGUGCUCCGCCCACCUCGGCGUCCUCCCUAAACAACUCCCGACUUCCUCUCCCGUCUUCCGAUCGAUCUCUUUCAAACCUCCCCCUAACGAACUAGCGCGAUUGAUUCCUCCUCCGAACCCUACAAACUCAUCGUCCAUGAUCAUCGGUUCCGUUCCAGAGUAAGUUGAUGUCCUGACUGUGAAGGAGACGAUAAUGGCGAUGGGAGACGAGUCCGAGGUGGUGCACCUCCAAGAACAUCUCCAAAUGCUUGAGGAGCGAAACCGAGCCCUGGAAAUGCUGGAGGAGAUGCAGUCGAAGAUGAUGGCGCAGUGGGAGAGCCAAGUCCGGACGGAAGGCCGCGUCGACGAGCUCGAGUGCGAGCUGGAGAAGUCCAGGGAAUCGGAGACCCGCAUGCUCGAAUCGUUGACCUCCCAGACCAAGCAACUAGAGCAGACCAAGAUCCUGCUCGAGGAGAUGAAGCUGGAAGUGCGGAUGGUCCGCACCGCGUCGAACUCGCCUCGCAAUGGAAGAGACGAGGCCGGCGCGCUGCGGACGGAGCUCCGCCUCGCGCUGGCGGCGGAGGAGAAGAGCAAGCGCGCCAUGGACGGCCUGGCGCUCGCGCUGAAGGAGGUCAGCACUGAGUCGGGCUGGCUUAAGGGAGAGCUGGAGGCCGCGCGCGGCGAGGCGGAGAGGGUGGGCACCGCGCUCCGCCUCGCGGAGGUGGAGGCGGGGCGGCUGAGGGUGGAGGCGGAGGAGUCGGUGGCGGCGUGGCUGGAGAAAGAGGCCGGUUUCCUGGAGUGCAUCCGGACGUGCGAGGAGGAGCUGGAGGCGGCGCGGAGGGACUGCGCCUGCGCGGAGAGGAAGCAAAGGGCCGCCCGGGAGGAGGCUUCCAACCUUCGCGACAUCGUGAAGCAGGCGAUCAAGGAGGCGUCGGUGGUGAAGGAGGCGCUGGAGAUCGCGCGAAGGGAGAACGCGCAGCUGCAAGACCUGCUGGAGGCGGUGCGGCGGGAACUGGAGGAGGCCAAAGCCACGGAGGCCGCGGCCCAGCAGAGCGUUAGAGACAUGAAGCUCAUGCUGGUGUCGCCGCCGCCGGCCACCGAGCAAGGGAUGAAGGUGAAGCGGGCGGCGAAGUACCCUUCGGAGAACUGGCGGCACCGAUCGGCGGGAGGGGAAUUGUUCGACGCGGUUGAGUACUCGCCGAAGCAGAGGAAGAUGACAACAGCGGAGGAGGGCGCGGCGACGGAGGACGGGAGGGAUCCGCCGGCGCGGCAGAAGCUAAGAAGAGGCAGAUUCUGAAGCGUAAGCAGUUUAAUAUAUUAAUGGAAGAAGCAAUCGUCUUUUUCCACGUUGGCUUCAUUUGGUGUCAGAGUAUAAUCAAUUACAAUUCUUAAUGCCUUUUAAAUUACGUUCAAUUUAAUGGAACAGAUUAUAUCAUA